UUUCAGUGUUGGUUUGCUGAUAAUCGAGCAUCGAUAGACUUCCAUGAGAAAGGAGAAAGACACAAAGCAGCAAUUGCAAGAUCUCUAAGAGAAAAUGCGAAAAAGCAGGAACGUGAUGCACGGGAUCAAGCUUCACUCAACUCAACAUUGGCUAUGAUGGAGAGCGGCGCUUUGGCUUCCAUGAAAAAAGACGGUAAACAAGCAACUCCAAGUAGUUAUUUCGAUCCUCGAAACUUCAAGGAUGUUAGGUCAAUGGCUUAUGAGUUAGGUAAUCGGCAGGGUCCCUCAAUGACGUCGUCUGAACCGGAGCCAACACAGCUUUCAGAUCUGGGUGCUUACGAUGCAAGGUUUGAAGGCAAAGUAUGGGUAGAAGCGGCGGAUGAGGAAGGUAGAAAGUACUAUUUCCAUAUGAACACUGGAGAAACCACGUGGACUAAACCUGCCAUAUUUUUCACAGAAGAUCAGUAUGACGCCAUUCUUGCGGGACGCGAUCCUGACGACAUCGAGGAACCAGACACAGGACCUGCUAAGAAGAAACGGAAAAGGAAAGCACGGCAUUACUUUGAUACGCAGCCUGAUGUUGACAUCAAUUCACUUAACUUGCCUAAAUCUUAG